AGCGUGUGCUUUCGCGGCCAGAGGGGGAUUCUUAUAUAAGAAGAGGGCCGGGGCGUCUUUACGAGGUGGCGUGUUCGGUUCAGCUUGGUGGUACUUCCUUUCUUACCAUUGUCAAUUGGCAUCGUUCGUAGCACACCACUGCAACACAUCAGGACAUCUCGAGGACGGUGAUACAAACGCAGCGACGGUGUCAUCUCAUUUCCUACCAAUCCCGUUGGCCAGAAGCACCAAAUACUAUUCUCAAACGACUCUGAAUCAUGUCGCGUUUCUUCCCUCACACGCCCUACGCUGAGGACCAACCCCUCUCGCGCACCAUUCUCACCACCCAUGUCGUCGCCCGCACCAUCACGGCGAGCGCCCUCAUCUCUGCAGGCAUCACCACCACGCGCCAGCUGGUCCCAGCCUUCCGCCCCAAAGCCACUGAUCUCUCCUUGGCCCCACGCCUGCUCCGCUCGGCCUCGACCGGCACGCUCGUCGCCGUGGGCCUGGGAGCGGCGAUGACGGCGGGCCGCAUGCAGGGCCGCGAGGAGAUUGAGUGGCAGGAUCGCAGCUGGCGGCUGCUGGAGAACAAGGGGCAGGUUGAGACGGAUGACUGGAGCGUUGCUGGCAUGGCGGCUGGAGCGGCGGUGGGAGCGGCGGCGGGAGGGUUGGGAUGGAGAGGAGCUGUCGGCGGCAUGGGACUUGGAAGCGUAGGAGGGAUGCUGGGAUAUCUUGGGUGGAGAUAUGGUGUCAAUGGGGGAGAGUUUCCCGAGGUGAAGCUAUAACGGUGAUUGACUUGACUACGGGAGCACUAAGAUGAGGAGGACAACCACCAUCUGGAGUGCAAGAGAGACGACACGUAGAGACACCAGACUGCAGGCACAACGGACGGCGUUCAAGGACCUGAAGGCCUCUAUUCCAACAGGCCGUGUAUAUUAUACCCAACUUAGCUCAAACAACGCAACCACGGUUACAUCACUACAGCUUGGCCAGCACUCCCUUGGCCUCCUGCUCCUUGACCACGUCUUCAACCUUCUGGAAUUGGUAGAAGAAAUCCAGGCUCUGCGGGUUCAACAGCGUUCCGCUGGGCUUGAUGGUCUGUCCGGAAAUGAUGUGCUUGACGGGCAACUCGACCUUUUUGCCAUUGACCGUGGUCUGUCAUCGUCGUCAGUGGUUUUGCUCUUUGAUGUGAAGCAAUACGAAAGCAGAUGAGAGAACAAGCG